CACUUCUCUUACGACUUGCUUCAAUUUGCUUACCGUUCGGAUUUCCAGUUCGUGUUUGUUGCCCGUGAAGGAUGCCUUCUGCCAACCCUAAACUAGAGAAACAGGCCUCUACGGAGACCGUGGAACCCCUACGCCAAGUAAUCAUCGUAAUCGAGCAUAAGAUACGGAAUCUCGAGAAGCGUAAGGGCAAGCUCGAGUCGUAUAGGGAUUUGCAGAAAAAUGGAAGGGAGUUGAAUUCAGAUCAGAAGAUAGCAGUGGCCAAAUAUGAUGAAGUGCUUCAAACAUUGGACAAUACUCGGGAUCUGUACAAACAAAUUGUUACCAUUGCCAAUGAUUCAGUUAAGCAGCAAAAGAAACAGGCACGAAAGGAGGCUGUCGAGCGUAUGCAGCAAGACAUUGCAAAAGUGAAAGAGGUGCUACUUAUUCAACAUAUCUUGGUAAGCAUGGCCACUGAUUCCAUUAGAAACGACUUUACUCAAGGAACAAACGGAGCUAUAAAACUGUCAGAGGAAGAGUUAAAGUACCUGGAGAACUUAUAUAUUGAAGUAAUUUGGAAACAUCAACGUGAAGAAGAUGACUCAACAUUUGUACAACAAGUCCAAAAAGUAGCAGAGCACUAUGUGGCUAUUGUGGAUGGAAAACAACGUGAAGUUGUCGGCACUACUUAUAACAAAUUAAAAGAGAUUAUUACAAAAAUAAAUCAGUGCGGUUAUUUUGAUCAAGUUCACGAAUGUUCAGAGACAAUACCAGUAGAAGAGGUUGCAGAAGCUGUAGCGGACACGACGCUUACUGAUUCGCAGACGGGACAGGAACAGGUCAAUGAAGAAUACAAUAAUGGCAACGACAGGCACAUUCCACCGGAACCCAUAAUACCCAUUCCAAACUUUCCAGUCCAAGUUGCGCCGCUCCCUGUUGUUUCCGGCGCCGCUCCGGUCUCGGGACCUAUUUCGGUCGUUCCACAGCCUAUGCCACCUCAUCCAGCACCGGUCGACACGCCUUACUAUACAAAUGCCACCAGCUUUGUUCCGCAACAGCAGCAGCAGACCCAGCAACAAUCCCAGCAACAGCCUCCACCGGCGCCGCGCAUCAAUGAUGUCAUAGGCACACCGAACUUCUUUUUCUUGCAAGAAUCCGAGCUCGAUUCACCGGAUGUCACGUCGCAAACACCCAUCGUAUCGCACAUUCCUCCCACAGUCAACGCGCCCAUUCCUACACAGACCUUUACAAACCAAAACUUUGCAACUACACCCGUGGCCGUCCCUCAACAAGUCAUAUAUCAGCACCAACCACCACAGGAUAUGUCACACAUUCCCGGAUUCGCGAAUCCUAAUCCUCCGCCACCGAUUCCGAUGCCGCCUUCGCAUCAGCAGCCAAACUUGCAAUAUAGUCCGCAACAUCCGACUGGUUUUCAGCCUCAACAAUCACCGCAACAACAAAAUGCGGUGCAACAACUUCCACAAGGACAGACCCAAAAUUUUAAUGAACAAAGAUCACCACAUCAACAAGAGACUCAAACGUCCACAGAGGAAAAAAUCGAGAAUGGCCAAAAUGAAACUACUACCACGGACUCAUCGUUGGAACAACAGACUGAAUCUGUUGAUUGGUGUCAGAUGACCGAGACAAAUGAUUGGAAUCAGUCCGAUCAACAACAGCAAUCUAUUCAAGAUCCCCAGCAAGUAUCGCCACAACAGACUUCACAGCAGACUUGGGGUGAUCAACAACGUGGAUACAGAGGAAGGGGAAAUAGAAGGGGGACCACUAAUGGCUAUAAUAGUAGAGGCAGGAAUAAUUAUCAGCAAAAUGGACGUGGAGGACAAGGCACAUAUUACCGCAAUGAUAGCAACUAUCAGAACGGAUAUCAGCAACGUUCUUGGGGCAACGACGGAAAUAACGGAUAUUCCACCGGUUUUAAGCGUGGUGGUGGUGGAGGAGCGAGGGGUGCGCGCAAUGAGCGCGUUGGUCGUGGACAAUAUCGAGGACAGAAUAGGACCAACCGUGGCGGGUAUACGCCACGUGGCAAGCCUCAUCCCGCGCAAUAAGCGAGAGAGGAAAACGCUAGCGUAAAUACACAGUGAAACGCACUAUGAAUAUGAUUCUGCGAUUACAAUUCAACUGUCUAUUUACGAAAAAGCUUAAGUCGAUGAUGCAUUUGCAAUAUGAAGUGAGAUUUCAAAGUAGUAGGUAUCGCAUGCAUGAGUAUUAAUAUGCAAAAACUUUGAUAUUGAUAAAGAUCGAUUAAGUGACUGAUGUAGUUUCUGUAAUGCAACAGCAACUGUGUUACAUAUAAUUUUUUUUUAAUAUAUUUGCACAUAUGUUAAGUAUCUUUGAUAAGAUAAAACUGAUUAGAGUUGUACACAAAAAAUAUAGUUUUGCAUCUAAUGUAAUAAUUUCUUAUAAAGUUAUGUACAAUGAUAACAAAAAACAAAUUUGAAGAAUCUUAUGUUGGCAUUUGCGGAGACUUGCGGCUUAGGAUGUUUCUUAAAUAUGACAUUGAAAAAGU